AUGGCCGAGUCUGACACUGACAUCGAAGCUCUCUUGGGCCAAUGGGAUCUCAGCUAUGUUGUUGAGCCCCCUCCUCUCCCGAAAAUUCAUCGUCAGCAAAAGAGUAACCAAUAUACAAUUGCCAGUGAGGAUCCUCUUCAUGUAUACCGUGAGCGAAGUGGAAAGAAUGUCAUUCCAUUUCCGUCGAGUUCUAGGGAACUUCCACCAACGCCAGAACGUCAUGUACGACGGGGAUCCUGGGGCAUCGACCCAGCGGGAAAGACUGCCAGGCCAUCAGGAUUCACAUAUCCUCUUGAUAAUACUGAGGCAGCCCAGAUCAACAAAACAACAGUACAAGAUUCUAAAAGUAGCCAAGAUUCAUUCGCUGACCGGUGGGAAAGAAGAGGGUCAUUUGGCAUAGACCCCGUUGAGAUCCCAGCAGGCAGAAGACGGUGCUGUUAUGGACUUGGCGGCCAGCAUACGCGAGCAUGUGUCUACACGACACCAGUUAAACCAACAGAUUCAUUCACGCAAGCUGGUAUCAGAAGUGCUAUGAUGACUGAGCCCGGAACGAAAUCCAUCGGUCUACAAGGUCUUCCACCGUAUCAUUACAAGCCAUUACCAAGCACACGGAGUAUCAGACUGGUCAGAGUCCUGGGCUUCGGCCAGGACGGUUUGGAUAAGCUCAUUGUCAAAUGUAUGAUUGAGACACAUAAUCUCGAUUCGAUGCCUCCGUAUCAGGCACUUUCGUAUACAUGGGCAUCUCCCAUGUACGAUGAAUCAGACAGAACAUAUCCUGCCCAAGGCGGCGAAGAAGUUGCAUUUCACGGUGAAGAGAUAGAACUCGACGGUUCAUCCUUCGCGAUCUCUGACAAUCUUUUCUCGGCGCUCCUUUGGCUAGCUGAAACCAAAAUGCAGGGUUAUAUCUGGGCCGAUGCUAUCUGCAUUGAUCAGGUGAACAUGGUGGAGAAAGCCAUACAAAUCUCCCUGAUGGGAGGUAUUUACUCAAGUGCCAAGAAUGUCAUUGUAUGGCUUGGAAGCGAGUGCUCUGAUCUGUUUGACUUUGCAGAUGCUCGGAAAACAUUGUCAAAAGCUUUGUCGAACCUGGAGGUCAAAAAUGAAGCCACAGUACAGAAUCCUCUGGACCCAAUUUUCCUCAAAAUGAUUGGGGUCGAGUUGGCGGAAGAUUGGAUCGAGAUGUGGCAAAAGUAUUUUCAGUUCUUCCAGCGCCGGAGGUGGUUUAGGAGGGCCUGGAUUGUGCAAGAGGUAGCUCUAGCAAGAGAUCUUACGUUCCAAUGUGGAGAGAAAACAAUUCUAUGGAAGGACGUUUAUGCUCUUGGCUUGCUUCUUCGCGACAGCGGAUGGCGACAUAGUCUUGCUGAGGGAAUGGAUUCGAAUCCCAGAGGAGGUAUCGGCGACGAAGCAGACCGACUUCUCGAAUAUCGCGACCAGGUACUUCAUGGUGGUCCUAGAGACCCCAAAUUUGCCAAUCUGUUUGCAGCCGCAAAUGGUGCAUCAACUGACAUAGAACUAUGGUUUUCGUACCUGCAGUACAUGAUCCAAGAGAUUCGACGGUAUCAAGCCUCCAACAUGAAGGACAAGAUAUAUGCAGUCCUGGGUCUGGUAAAAGGAUUUCUUCCAAAUGGUUCUGCGGAGCAUAUUACUCCAGACUAUUCGCUCCCACUGCCUGACAUCUACACUUCCGUGACUAUGUCGAUUCUCAUAGAACUUCCAAUAUUGUCUUGUUUGUCCUACGUGGGUAGCAAGCCAAGUGGUAUGACCAGCUUAUCGCUCCCUUCCUGGGUCCCAGAUUACAGAGCAGCCUUGGGCAGAGUACCAAUUAUCCAUCUAGGAAACCACACCUGCUUCAACGUCUCUAACAUUCAUAUGGCGAAACCAGCUAUUCGAAGGUUUCGAGGUCAUACGCUCGAAGUGCAAGGAAGGCUCGUGGACACUGUGACGGACUUCAGCAUCCCGCUUAAUGACAUGCGCUCGUCAUGUUAUGUUAUACGCUGUAUUGAUAUGUGUCUCAAACUUUCUAGCAUAUAUCGAACAGGCGAAGAUCGAGUUGAAGUGCUCUGGCGUACUCUCAUAGCAGAUACAACAGAACGGCCACCAAUACAGCAUCCUGCGCCGGCGGAGUACAGUGACCACUUCCACGACUGGAUGCUGACGUUGAUGGUACGGUGGUUUUUGGACUGGGAACAUCAACCGAAGAGUCGUCAGUUCCAAAUGGAUGCCAUUGAACAGCUCGCGACUAAUAGCCCCUCCUCAGCUUUGCCCACUCGGGAAGAGCUCGAAGAAAGCUUCAAUCUGGCACUCGAGACAACGGAUUCUGCGCAGUCAGACGCGCGGUCAGACCCACCAUUGAUGCGCAGGCCACUCAGCGAAGUCAAAGAAAGAAGUAGGAAACUGCAACAAUUCGUCUCCCCGAAUUUGAGGUCAAGCAAAGGAUUCUAUCUGUUCGAUCGCGCGGCAAAGGAAGUCAGAAGUAAUAGGAGACUUUUCAGAACAACUGGGGGCUAUAUCGGGCUGGCUCCAGUUGAUGUAGACUAUGGCGAUGCUUUGUAUAUCUUGGAUGGUGCAAGAGUGCCGUUCUUAUUGAGGAAGAAUCGCCUUGUUGGCGAGGCGUAUGUGCAUGGGAUAAUGCAUGGAGAGCUAUCCUUUACUGAUGAGAUGACGACUGUUCAGAUUGCCUGA